AUGAUUUUGUUAUUUGCAAUUCUCUCAUUAAGUAUCGAUACAAAUAUUGCAGAAAAAGAAUCUUCAAGAAUAUAUGAAGGCCUCCGAAAUGGAAAACAAAUGAAAGAACUAGUUAAUGUCGAAGAAAUGAAGAAAAAUUAUCCAGCUUCAAAAGAUUUUAUCAAUACAGUAGAAGGUAUUGGAUUUCCUAAGUUAGAUUGUUAUUCUGAUGUUCUUAAAGAUCUUCAAUAUAAUUGUGAUGUUUUAACAGAAUCACAAAGAGAACUAUUAGCUCUUAAAUUUACGAAAUGCUACUUUAAUAUAACAAACAGACUAGAGCAAUUUCCACAUGAGCUUCCAGAAUCCCAACAAAUUCAGAAUAUGUCUUUAGCAACUUAUUCUACUUAUCAAAUUCUGAAAAUUCAUGUUACUCAUUUAUGUUAUUUUGCAAGAGAUACCCUAAUGAAUUCAAUUACAUCAGAUAGACUUAUUUAUCUCUUCGAUUGCGUAGUAUCAUCUUCAAAAUCGAUAGAAUCAUAUUCAAACGAGUUCGAGCAAACAUCCACACAGUUACAAGGAACUGUAGCCGAUAUAAACGAGAAAUUACAGAAAGGAAAAGAGUCAAUGGAUUUAAUUGUGAAAUUAAUCUCGAAUUUUCAAGAUAGAUUAGGAAGUAUUACACAUUUUCUUGAAAAAGCAAAUAACACAAUUAAUUCUCUAUCUCUUUAUAUAAUUGUUCUUCUUUGCACGUUUACAAUUGCAUAUUAUCUUCCAGAAACUCUAAUUCCUGUUAUUAUAUUAACAUUAGCCUUGUACUUUGGUGACAAGAAGUUAAUGGGUAAAUAUGAUUGGUGGAUUGCAAGCAAAACUCGAAAAGGAUUACGACUUCUUUAUCUUGCACUCUGUGCAUCAUAUCCUGCCUAUAUAUCUGUUCUAUCUAUUCUUUCGAUUAUUAAUUCAUUCAGAAGGAAAAAACGCCAUCAUAUUUUCAAUACAGCAAAGAAACCUCUAUUUUAG